UUCAUUCAUCAAUCAUUCACCCAAACAAACACAAAACAAAAUUCAUCUUCUUCUCUUCCUUUCUUUAUUUAUUUUUUUAUUGUUUCUUCUUUUUUUCUUAAUUUUUAAUUUUCUCAAACCCUAUCCUAAACCAAUAUUAAUUUCCCCAAAUUCUUUUUCUAAUUUCCUAUGAUUGUUCUUGUUCUAGGUCGUUCCCUCACUUCUUCUUCCUUAUAUAAGACUUCUCCAUUCACUCAAAUUCCAAUCCAAUUCAAACCCAUUUUUCUUCUCCCCCCAAAGCUUCAAUCUUUAAUCCCAAUUCAAUCUUCUUCUUCAUCCAUGGCCACUUGUGUUGAUUCUUCAACCCCUCCUCUUUCUCGCAAACCAAAGGUUUCCCAACCCAAUGAUUGUUCAUUCAACUUCGUCAAAUUUUGCCAACCCACUUUCUCUGAUCGUGUUUCAUCCAUACCCAUCUCAACCAAUCAUGAAAAAGCCACCGUUUUUGAGGAUUUCGAACAUGUUGUCCAUGAUAAUGUUCAAAACGAGGUUGAUGUUGUUGAUGUUAAUGAUGUUAUUGUUAAUGAUGUUAAUGUUGAUGUUAGGUUUGAUGUGUGGUUGAAGAUUCAAGAAGAAGCAAGGUUAGAUUUAGAUCAAGAACCAGUUCUAUCUAGCUAUUAUUUCAGUUCAAUUUUAUCUCACAAAUCAUUCGAAAGCGCUUUAGCGAAUCAACUCUCGAUUCAUUUGAGUAAUUUGAGUCUUUCUAGCACGACCCUUUUCGAUAUUUUCAAGAGUGUUAUCGUCGAUGAUGACGAUAUCGUAAGCGCUAUGAAAUUCGAUAUUGAAGCAGUAAAAGAAAGAGACCCUGCAUGUAUAAGCUAUGUUCAUUGUUUACUGAAUUUCAAAGGCUUUCUUGCAAUGCAAGCACAUAGGGUAGCACACAAAUUAUGGUUACAAGGUAGAAAAGUUUUAGCUUUGUUGAUUCAAAACCGAGUAUCCGAGGUUUUCGCGGUUGAUAUUCAUCCGGGUGCGAAGAUCGGUAGAGGGAUUUUGCUUGAUCAUGCAACGGGGCUCGUUGUUGGGGAGACGGCUGUGAUCGGGAACAAUGUUGCAAUUUUGCAUAAUGUUACAUUGGGUGGAACAGGUAAAGCUUGUGGCGAUCGGCAUCCGAAGAUCGGAGACGGUGUUUUGAUUGGUGCAGGGACGUGUGUUUUAGGGAAUGUUAAGAUUGGUGAAGGUGCUAAGAUUGGUGCUGGGUCUGUUGUGUUGAAAGAUGUCCCGGCUAGGACUACUGCUGUUGGAAAUCCUGCUAAGUUGAUUGGUGGAAAGGAUAAUCCUAUCAUGUUGGAUAAGAUUCCUAGCUUUACUAUGGAUCAUACUUCAUAUAUUUCUGAUUGGUCUGAUUAUGUUAUCUAGGAACCUGAAUUAGUUAACCGAUUUUGGCUGUUGAUUCGUCUGAUUUGAUCAGAUCAGACGAAUCAAAUCAAUGACUAAGAUCCGGUACUUUGUUUAAUUUAGACCAGUUAUCUAGAGACUAAUCUUGUUAUGUGGUGUAGAUUUUUUUAAUUAGGUAAUUUUGGUUGGGGAUUUUGUUUGUUUGUUGUAUAAGAGAGGAUUUAGAUUCUCCUGUUAACUUCAAAAAUAUGCCUCUUAAAACCAUGUUGUUGUAUGUGCAAGAACCACUCUUUAUUUGUAUUUUCAGUGUUUUAGCAUAAUAUUAUAUAUAUGAAAAUGAAUUUUGCUUGUUUUGGUUUCA